UCAACUGACCAAGAGGCCGCGGAAUUUGUGGCAUUCAGAUUAGUGACGACUGUUGAGCUGUGCAAAUCGGAAAACAUUAAAUUUUUGCAGUUUUCCCCCAAGAAGGAGAGAGACAGAGACACGCGACUCCUGUGUGGCAAUGGCGCCCAACAUUAUCGCCUACAUAUUUUAUAUGGUUCGGGAUCUGAUCGCUCAUUACAGAGAUCCACGCAUAAUCAACAUUCCGUUUAUUGGGAAUUUGAAGUAUAUGGUUUCUGUGAUUGUCAUCUAUUUGUUAUUUGUGCUAUAUUUUGGCCCCAAAUGGAUGGAGAAACGGCGACCCUUCGAGCUAAAAUAUGUGAUGCAAUUGUACAACGCUAUACAAGUGGUGGCAAACACGAUAAUUUUCCUAUAUGCCGUGCUCUUUACGGUCCUCAGCCCGGAUUUCAGUAUGUUGUGCCAGCCCGUGGAUUAUCAGAAUACAUCGCCGCAUAUGAUGCACAUCAUCUAUGCCAGCUGUGGUUACUAUCUACUUAAAUAUCUCGAUCUGCUCGAUACGGUCUUUAUCGUGUUGCGCAAGAAGAACUCACAGGUGAGCUUCCUGCAUGUGUAUCAUCAUGCUGGCAUGGUCUUUGGCGUUUGCGUCUAUAUGAAUUUCCUGUGCGCUUCCCAUUGCACGAUGUUGGGCCUGAUCAAUCUGCUUGUGCAUUCUGUGAUGUAUGCGUAUUAUUUUGCCACCUCGCUGGGUGCUGUGAAACAGGUGCUGUGGUGGAAACGACACAUUACCCAGGUGCAGUUGCUCCAAUUUAGCUAUCUUUCGCUCCAUUUUCUGCUUGUGAUCGUACGCAAUCCUUGCCAGUUUCCAAUAUUUAUGGCCUUCGUUGGAUUCACACAGAACAUCUUUAUGUUCGCCAUGUUCUUUGAUUUCUAUUACAAGACGUAUAUGCGAAAGCCUCGGCAACAAGUGCAACAAGUCGAUGCAGCGGACGAAGCAGCGCAAAAACUUACUUAAGAAACUAAGAAUAAAGGUUUAAGUUGUAUUUCUAUUUGAGUAUGUAACAUGUAAAUUGAAUGUGAUAUUUGAUUGAGUUCACAUUUUCAGUUUUGUUCAACUAAUUUGAAUAAACAUUUUCGACGGCCCUUGAA